AUGCCCCGUAGACCACCCUCGCUGGAAUCCGUGGGUUCCCCCAUUGACUCCAAGUUUAGGAAGAAGGUUGCCGUCGUCGGCAGUGGAUGCGCAGGCAUCGCUGCUCUCUGGGCGCUGAACCGAAGUUACCAUGACGUCUACAUGUACGAGGCCUCGACGAGGCUCGGCGGACACACCAACACCGUGACGUGGAAGAAUGGAAAAUACGAGACCAGUGUAGACACCGGCUUCAUCGUCCUCAACACGGCGACAUAUCCAAACUUCAUCAACUUCCUCAAGAGGGUCAAGGUGGAUACAGUACCGACGGAGAUGACGUUCGGUGUAACCCGGGAUCAUGGCUUGUUCGAGUGGGCUGGCACCAGUUUGGAUGCUGUCUUCGCCCAGAGAAAAAACAUCUUCUCGCCCCGUAUGUGGCGCAUGAUCUUCGACAUCAUCCGCUUUAACCAGUUCGCUUUGGACCUGUUGAUGGCUGACGACGAGAACGAUGCUGCCGCGAUGAACGGCGACAGUAAAGGAGCUAAGAAGGAGGAGACGAUCGGCGAGUAUCUCGAACGAGAAGGCUAUUCAGAUGCCUUCAGGGACGAUUAUCUGAUUCCCAUGACUGCCGCCGUAUGGAGCACGAGCCCGGACAAGUGCACCUUGGACUUUCCGGCCGUCACCCUAGUCCGUUUCAUGUGGAAUCACCAUCUCCUGUCGACGGUUUCUACGAGGCCUCAGUGGCUUACUCUGAAGAAGUGCGGCAAGUCGUACAUCGACGCUGUAAUGAGCGGCUUUCCUUCUAAUCACCUUUUCCUCAACACGCAAGUUACUCAGGUUACGAGUGAGGAGGACGGUAGGGUGCGAGUGCACACUCACAACGGCAAGUCCGAUGUCUACGACCAUGUCAUCCUGGCGACACACGGAGACCAGGCUCUCAAGAUCAUUGAAGGCUCGGCCACGCGCGAAGAGAAGGAUAUCCUCUCUGCAUUCAAGACCUCUGAGAACUCGGUCGUCCUCCACUCUGAUCUCUCGCUGAUGCCGGCCUCCGAGAAGGCUUGGUCCAGCUGGAACUAUCUUACCCUUUCCUCACCUUCGACCGGCAAGCAGAACAUCGACCAAGUCUCACUUACCUACAACAUGAACAUUCUCCAGCACAUCCCUCGCGAGACGUUUGGCGACGUCCUCGUCACGAUGAACCCGCUGCAUCAGCCGAACCCAGACACGAUCCAAGGCUCCUUCACCUAUCGCCACCCCCUUUACACUCCCGCUGCCGUUCGUGCUCAAAAGCUUUUGCCUCGCAUUCAAAACAAGCGAGGCAUCAGUUACGCUGGUGCUUGGACGAAGUAUGGCUUCCAUGAGGACGGCUUUAGCAGUGGACUGCAUGCUGCUCAGGAUCAUCUCUACGCCAAGCUGCCUUUCCAGUUUGUUGACUCGACCUACAGCCGUGGAAGAAAGCCUUCUCUCGGUCUUGGAGACCUCUUGGUGCGACUCAUUAUUCUUCUUAUUCAAGUGUUUGUCAUCAGAGUGCUGGAGAGGGCAGUGGGUGUGGCCAAGAGGGCGAUAUACCCCCGUGCGAGGAAAUUAAAGAAUGCCAAAGCCGCGUAG